UAUCCAAGUAUUUACAGUCAGCUAAUAUUGAUUUUUUUCAAGCUGUUAUAUUUAUUGAUCGGGCUUUAGAGCAAAUUAUAACAUUGAGAUCCAGAGACAAUAAAAAUUCUGUAUUUAGUCAGAUUGAACAACAAGCAAAAAGCCUUGCUUAUAAAUGGAAUAUUGAACCAUGUUUGGAAGUUAAAAGAAAGAUAACAGCAAAACGAAUAGUCGGAGAAACCUGUAGUAACGAUAGUUUAUUAGAACCACUUGAUAAAUUCAGAUCUGAAACAUUCUUUGUUAUUGUAGAUGCCUUAUGGUCAAAGUUCAAAUCUGAUUUCAAAGAAAGUAAAGCAAUUGUUAAAGAAAUGUCAAUCUUUCAAAUUGAUAAGAUGUCUUCUGUUAAAAGUAAAACAAUUGCACUACCAUCUGAUUCAUUCAAAGCAAUUUGUAAUUGGUUACCAGAAAUUGAUAUGACUCAACUCAAAGAAGAGUAUCAACAACUAUGUCAAAAUCUUGAAUCCAUAAUAUCUGGUUCAAAAUUUCCAACCACCUUUCAUUCAAAUGAUAAUAAUUAUGAAGACAAUAUUUCAAGUUCUGAUACCCACAGUGAAACUGAAAAUGAAAGUGUGCAGACUCCACAAUCAAUUUGUGAACUUUUUAAACUUUUGAGUGCUUUAGACUUACGCUAUACCUUUCCAAAUGUAUUUUUAGCGCUGAAAGCCUUAUGUACAUUGCCUAUUGGUUCCGCUUCAGCUGAGCGCAAAUUUUCAAAAAUGAAAUUAAUUAAAACCAGAUUAAGAUCUACUACAAAUGAUUCAAGAUUAGAAUACAUGAUGUUAUUGACUUGUGAAGGACUAAUUGAAAUCGAUUUUGAUAAAGCCAUAGAUCGCAUGGGUACAAUUUCAUCAGUGUAUAAAAAACAACUUAUGCCAUCUUAA